AUGCAGGUGUCGUGCAGGAAACCGGAACAGCAGUUCCAAACAGCAGCAGAGACAGAGCUGAUAGAGUGGGGGGAGGGGGACCAUGAGGAGAAGUUCUCCCCCAGCAGAGCCGGGGCCAAUCCCAGAGUCCUCAAGCCCCUGAGGCUGUUCGCUAGGGGGGUCCCUGGAGCCCCCGGGGCCGUCAGGGCUCCCAGCCUCGUUAGGGGGGUCCCUGGAGCCCCCGGGGCCGUCAGGGCUCCCAGCCUCAAACACAACCCCAUCAGGGACAUGACACACAUAGAGAACAUGGAGGACUUCUGGGAUUGGUUAUCCAACCAGACAGAUGUUCAGGCCAGCCAGGUCAGAACCAAGCGACGACCCAUCAUCAAGACAGGCAAGUUCAAGAAGAUGUUUGGCUGGGGAGACUUCCAUUCCAACAUCAAGACUGUCAAACUCAACCUGCUGAUCACCGGGAAGAUCGUAGACCACGGUAACGGAACGUUCAGCGUCUACUUCCGCCACAACUCCACUGGCCUGGGGAACGUGUCGGUGAGUCUGGUGCCACCGUCUAAAGUGGUGGAGUUUGAGAUGGCUCAGCAGUCCACACUGGAGACCAAAGACUCUAAAGCUUUCAACUGUCGUAUCGAGUAUGAGAAGACGGACCGAAACAAGAAGACGGCUCUGUGCAGCUUCGACUCCUCCAAGGUGUGUUACCAGGAACAGACACAGAGCCACGUCUCCUGGCUCUGCUCCAAGCCCUUUAAAGUAAUCUGCAUCUACAUCGCCUUCUACAGCGUGGACUACAAACUGGUGCAGAAGGUCUGCCCGGACUACAACUACCAUAAUGACACUCCCUACUCCUCUACUGGCUGAAGGUCUGCCCAGACUCCAACUACCAUAGUAACACUCCCUACUCCUCCACUGGCUGAAGGUCUGCUCAGACUCCAACUACCAUAGUGACACUCCCUACUCCUCUACUGGCUGAAGGUCUGCCCAGACUCCAACUACCAUAGUAACACUCCCUACUCCUCUACUGGCUGAAGGUCUGCCCAGACUACAACUACCAUAAUGACACUCCCUACUCCUCUACUGGCUGAAGGUCUGCCUGGACUACAACUACCAUAGUGACACUCCCUACUCCUCCACUGGCUGAAGGUCUGCCUGGACUACAACUACCAUAGUAACACUCCCUACUCCUCUACUGGCUGAAGGUCUGCCCAGACUACAACUACCAUAGUAACACUCCCUACUCCUCUACUGGCUGAAGGUCUGCCUGGACUACAACUACCAUAGUAACACUCCCUACUCCUCUACUGGCUGAAGGUCUGCCCAGACUACAACUACCAUAGUAACACUCCCUACUCCUCUACUGGCUGAAGGUCUGCCUGGACUACAACUACCAUAGUAACACUCCCUACUCCUCUACUGGCUGAAGGUCUGCCCAGACUCCAACUACCAUAGUAACACUCCCUACUCCUCUACUGGCUGAAGGUCUGCCUGGACUACAACUACCAUAGUAACACUCCCUACUCCUCUACUGGCUGAAGGUCUGCCUGGACUACAACUACCAUAGUAACACUCCCUACUCCUCUACUGGCUGAAGGUCUGCCUGGACUACAACUACCAUAGUAACACUCCCUACUCCUCUACUGGCUGAUCCCGUCUGUAGCAUGUACCUUAGAGUUAGUUUGACCACAAUAUGAUCAACCCUGAUCGACCGUUCUCUUAGUUUGACCACAAUAUGGCCAACCCUGGUCAACCAUUCUCUUAGUUAGACCACAAUAUGGCCAACCCUGGUCAACCAUUCUCUUAGUUAGACCAUAAGAUGGCCAACCCUGGUUCGACAGUUCUGUUAGUUAGACCACAAUAUGACCAACCCUGGUUCGACCGUUCUGUUAGUUAGACCACAAUAUGACCAACCCUGGUUCGACCGUUCUCUUAGUUUGACCACAAUAUGGCCAACCCUGGUCAACCAUUCUCUUAGUUUGACCACAAUAUGGCCAACCCUGGUCAACCAUUCUCUUAGUUAGACCACAAUAUGGCCAACCCUGGUUCGACCGUUCUGUUAGUUAGUUAGACCACAAUAUGGCCAACCCUGGUUCGACCGUUCUGUUAGUUAGACCACAAUAUGGCCAACCCUGGUUCGAUUGGCCUGACCAAUCCUUCUGUUCCUCCUCCUCAUCACCUCCAUGUAUUCUCAGUAAAUCCCAGCCAAUUAGAACAGUCCAGAUGUGUGGUAUUAGAGUAGAUAAUUGGCUCUCACUACCACAUGACACCCUGCAGACCUGUACAACAAUGUUAACAUCAAAUCACUUCUCAAAUCACAUUUUAUUGGUCACAUACAGUGAGGGAAAAA